AUGGGACACGCGCAGCCUUCUCGUCGCAGUGAACUGCGUCCGUCCCCGAGUUUCGCGUUGGCGAAAGAUCGUUUGGCGGCGUAUCAGGCACGGAGCAACAGCAUGUCGGAACGAGAGAGUUCGCGUACCAUUCCAGCCCUGGCCUUGCGAGCGUACCAUUUGCCUGGGAAUUCCUGGUGUGACGAUUGGGUCCAGUAUUUUGCCAACAAUCAUCCCUUGUUCGGAAUUUGCUGUCACCACCGCUUGCACCCGGUGACUGCCAAAUGGAGAUUGAUACAUCUCGUGGGUUCGAUUGUCUUUGGCUUGGCCGUUACCAACAUUAUAUGGUUAUGGUUCAUCGUUAACGAUCAACACGACGUCAAUGAUCCGGUACUGACCAUUUCCUUUGGUGGUGGAAUUCGAACGGGAAAUUCCACCGUCAGUACGGGAAACUACACGGACACGGAAUACAGCAACUCGACGGCCGAAGCUGCGCUACAGGGACAUCAGGAAAUUGCCGUCACCGAAGGAAUGUUGAUUCUUUGGACGAUUGGAGGAGGCUUGCACGCACUCUUCGACAACACUGUAUGGUACAUGACAGCCUGUGUUUGUUGUCUCCCCGGACAGCCCCUUCAAUGUCUCUACAAGUAUAAAUGGUGCGGUACCUACGUAGUCGUCCUGUUGGUGGUCAUUUUUACGGCCGUAGCAUCCUUCGUGGUUGUACUGCGUGCUUCUCUGGAGGAAGACGAUAUGGUGGAUGCGGGGGACCUGAAUUCGGCCGGGAUUGUCGAUGAUUCUAUUGAUUUGUCCAACGGCAUUGAUCGGGACCGGGAAAAGUACCGAUUUUUGCUCAGUUACACGGUCGAAUUGUUGUUGGCCUUGCUGGUAUACUAUCCCGUCGUCGGCACUAUCCUGUUCACUGGAAUUCUAGGCUGUGGUCGAUUACCGGUACUGGGCGGACGGCCAUACGAAGUCGAGUGCGAACGCAAACUGCAACAACGAGAGUCACGGCGAUCUUUCAACAAUGGUAGAAAGACUUCCUCCAACCUAGUAUGA